CAUUUUACGGACAAGUGGUUUGUUGUUUGCAUCUGUAAUCAGGAGAGCUGUAUUUUCAGAAUCUGUGUCAUUAAACACAUUAUUAAAUCAUAAAACUGUUAAAUAACACCUUGGCCCAGAAAGUAGCACACUGAAUAAUACUGGUCACAUAUCCAUGUUUUGAUGACUGCCUGGAAGCUGAAGACUCUGUCUCAUAGAUCUUGGGCCACAUGUGAAAGGCCACUUUCAGAAAUAAUAACUGGUAUUGAAAUUAAGCGUAUAGUCAAGGUGUAACCUUCAGGUCAAGACAGUGGCAGUUCUACUAUGGUCAUGUGUCCAGACUCACCAAGCCAUCACAAGCGUGUAUUAACAGAGAGGGGAGGGGGCCAAAGAGAAAGGGAAAAGAUAAAAGCUUGAGAACGUGAAGUGAGUCUGAAACAAACCCGUAAAGCAGAAAAGAGUGAAGCUGCAGAAUCCAGACUGAAAUUAAGUUUCAUUGUGUAAGAGGUGAAGAGUGCCAUGACGACUAUGAUGAGCCAGGUCCACCAGAACAUGACCGGAUUCUACACUGAGGGAAACGUCUCCAGCAAUGGAACUAUAUUAAUGUUUGAAAACUCUACUCUGAAUAAAGUCCUAAAUGUCUUAACUAUUUGCAUGCUCCUUCUCACUAUGAUAUCUAUUGGCUUGUCAGUGGAGAUUCUAAAAAUGAAAGCUUAUUUCCUCAAACCUAAAGAAGCUGCCAUGGCAAUGCUGGCCCAGUUCGGCAUCAUGCCGCUGGCUUCUUUCUGCAUAUCGAAAGGCCUACACUUAGAGCGCAUCAAGGCUCUGGCUCUAAUCAUCUAUGGCUGCUGUCCAGGAGGAACAUUUUCAAAUCUUUUUUCACUGGCCAUCAAGGGUGACAUAAAUCUCAGCAUCGUCAUGACGACCUGCUCCAACAUCGCUGCCCUUGGUAUGAUGCCUUUGCUGCUUUACAUCUACUGUCAAAACUACAGGGGUCUGGAAAAGCUGGUACCGUACUUGAACAUCAUCAUUGCUCUUGCACUGACCAUGGUGCCGUGUGCCUUUGGAAUCGCCAUCAAACACUAUAAACCACAGCACGUAUUGACCAUGAGGAGGGUUAGCUUCAGCCUGCUGGGAAUCAUUUCCACUACAGUUUUGGUCCUCACUGUGUAUUCGAUCAAAGACCAAAUGUUGCUGGUUCUCUCAGCAGACAUUCUCACUGCUGCUGUACUGCUCCCGUUGACAGGCUAUAUGCUGGGAUAUGCCAUGUCCAGGAUAUGCAAGCUUGAUUCAAAAUGCUCUAGGACCAUCUCCAUGGAGACAGGAUGUCAAAACACCAACUUGUGUUUGACCAUUUUAAAGAUAGUUUUCCCACCACAGCUUAUUGGACCCAACUUAGUCUUCCCAUUUGUAUUCCUUUUAAUGCAGGUCUUUGAGGCCCUGCUCUUGAUCCUGGUCUAUAGAUGCUACAAAAAGACACAAACUAGGAGUGCAAAAAUACACAGGGAUGCAGAUGUUCAGCCAGAGGCGGUGCAAUUACAACAGCAUCAUGAAGAAGCUGGGACUGAAGAGGAAGACAAAGAGAAGCUGAAUUUUGCACACUGAGGAUGUAGCGGCUCAACAUUCCUGUCUCUGCAUCAGCUUUUUCUAAACAGUCACAGUUUAUACUGUCUUUAUCUUCAAUCAGGUCUUUACCAUGUAAAUAAUGGGUAACUCAUAUGAGACACACCUUGACAUUGAAGAUUUGUAAUACAACUUCGAUUCAUAACAUAAAGCAAUGUCUGAACGUUUUGACUGUAAAUUGGCGGAGUAACAUGCUAGCAGUCAGGUAAGUCAAAACACCGCAGGUUGAGAUGUUCAUUCUGGUGUUGUAGGAUAUGAAUGUUUUCAGCCACAACACAUUUUUUCUUUGGACACAUCAUCAAUAGUAAAGGGUUUUGCACAUUUUACGUCAUAAAAAUUUCGAGUGUGUGGGUUAUAUUGUUAUAAUUAUAUAAAAUCUGAUUGUAGUACUAUAUAUUAAUACUCUUUUAUAUAUGAUUAUAUAUGUAAUACCUGAUAGUAACAAAACUGGAGCCCCUCUUGAUUUCUUCUUUUUUUCGGUAUUGGGGGCAAAUGUGGGCUGCACCUCAUAACUCUCCCCUUCUGUCAUGACUCUGGUGGGAGAGGUGGGUGCUGUUUCACCUUCCAUAAUAUAUUCAUAUUUAUGUCCAAUAGUUAUAUAUUAAGUCUUUUUCAGAUUGUUUAUAGUCGUCAUCUGAUUACUCUUUUAUACAUGUAUGUCCAUAUAUUUAGGUCCCACACACCGCUAGCUUAAAAAGUUGUAGUAAACAAGCUAACUUCAGUUAUGUGUUUGUUUCGGGACAGGAGAGAGGGCAGAUUUUUACCCUGGUGUGGGUUGUGUUUUGUUCUUUUUAUCAGGUAUAUGAAUGUGUUUAAUUAAUUUUCAUAGUUUUGUAACUUACGUUGUUGCAGCGUGCCGCGGUCACUCUCGGUGUCGUUGUGACCCUUGAGGCUUGCCAUAGUAAUCACGGUUGGCCUGACAAGUCAGACUCCAGGUGAUCAGUGUCCACAGCAGCUCUAUGAAUAAUACUGAUUAGUUCCUUAGACUGUUGGGUUGUUUAGCAAUUAAGCACACACUUCCUCUAAAACCUUUCAAAAUAUAUGCACCAAUUCAAAUCAUUAGUUUUAAUAGCAAUAUUUCUGCUUUCAACUGAUUAAUUAUGACUAGUUAUGGCUAUUUAACAGUUCAGUAAAUAGCCACACACUGACAAAAUAAAAGCACCACCCAAAUCUUAAAGCUAUAAAGUAAUUUUUUUUCAACUGGUUAAUUAUGACUUUUUAAAAAUGCUCUCUUACAGUUUAGUAAUUACCCCCCAAUUUAUUAGCUCUAUUACUAAAUUUUGUUGUUCUGACUAGUGUGUGACUAUGUAUGACUAGUUUUUAAGACUAUUUCACAGUUGACCAACGUACUUUCUUUAAAUGCUUUCAAAAUAAAAGCUUAGUCAGGUUUUUUGUGAUUGCCCGCGGCAAAACAAUCUGGCAUCGAGUAAGGCAAGGCUUAGAGCUUAAGUACACAGAUUGAUUACUGACCAGAUGCAGGUGGAUGAAUCACAUGACCAGAUGUAAAGCUAGACGGAAACUAAGAGGGAAUGAAGUGAAUCGGAAGUAGCAAAGUAAAACAGGAAAUGCAGGUAAAAAUGACUAUGGGGAUGGAUCCGUGAUGGUCCUUUGGUCAGAUUUUAAUCUUUGUCAUUGUUUGAUCAUUGUAAUCAACGUCCUGACUCGGCAGCUUAUUAGCAUUUGGCAUCUUUUCAGCAACAAAGCAACUCUCCCAGUAUUACUUUUUCAAGUUAUAUUUAAAACAUGAAUUGAAUGCAUUUUACGGA